AGCUCCCGGAAGUUGCCGGACCCGAAGCGCAGGCCGAGCGCGCGCGUCCGUCAGCCCGUAGGUCCGCCAGUCCGCCAACCCGGUUCUCCAAGCUCCUCGGCCUCUUCGCUGUCCCGCAGAUUAUUUGGCUGGAACGGCCACCGAGGUGCUUGCCAUGGCGACGUUCAUCUCGGUACAGUUGAAAAAGACCUCGGAAGUGGACCUAGCCAAGCCACUGGUGAAAUUCAUCCAGCAGACGUACCCGAGCGGCGGGGACGAGCAGGCCCAGUACUGCCGCGCGGCCGAGGAGCUCAGUAAGCUGCGCCGCGCCGCUCUCGGUCGCCCCCUGGACAAGCACGAGGGCGCGCUGGAGACGCUCUUGAGAUAUUAUGAUCAGAUCUGUUCCAUUGAACCUAAGUUCCCAUUUUCUGAAAACCAGAUCUGCUUGACAUUUACUUGGAAGGAUGCUUUUGAUAAAGGUUCACUUUUUGGAGGAUCUGUAAAGUUGGCUCUUGCAAGCUUAGGAUAUGAAAAGAGCUGUGUGUUGUUCAAUUGUGCAGCCUUAGCUAGCCAGAUUGCAGCAGAACAGAACCUGGAUAAUGAUGAAGGAUUGAAAAUCGCUGCUAAGCAUUAUCAGUUUGCUAGUGGUGCCUUUUUACAUAUUAAAGAGACGGUUUUAUCUGCCUUAAAUCGAGAGCCUACUGUGGACAUAUCUCCAGAUACUGUUGGGACCCUCAGUCUUAUUAUGCUGGCACAGGCCCAAGAAGUAUUUUUUUUAAAAGCCACAAGAGAUAAAAUGAAAGAUGCCAUCAUAGCCAAAUUGGCUAACCAGGCUGCAGAUUAUUUUGGUGAUGCUUUCAAACAGUGUCAGUAUAAAGAUACUCUCCCCAAGGAGGUGUUCCCUGUCUUGGCUGCCAAGCACUGUAUCAUGCAGGCCAAUGCUGAGUACCACCAGUCUAUCCUGGCAAAACAGCAAAAGAAAUUUGGAGAAGAGAUUGCAAGGUUACAGCAUGCAGCAGAAUUGAUUAAAACAGUGGCAUCUCGCUAUGAUGAAUAUGUCAACGUGAAGGAUUUUUCUGACAAAAUCAGCCGUGCCCUUACUGCAGCAAAGAAGGAUAAUGACUUCAUAUAUCAUGAUCGAGUUCCAGACCUCAAAGAUCUAGACUCUAUUGGUAAAGCCACACUUGUGAAAGCUACCCCAGUUAAUGUACCCAUCAGCCAAAAAUUCACUGAUCUGUUUGAGAAGAUGGUUCCUGUGUCAGUGCAGCAGUCUUUGGCUGCCUAUAAUCAGAGGAAAGCUGAUUUAGUUAACAGAUCAAUUGCUCAAAUGAGAGAAGCCACCACUUUGGCAAAUGGGGUGUUAGCUUCCCUUAAUCUUCCAGCAGCAAUUGAAGAUGUAUCUGGAGAUACUGUACCUCAGUCUAUAUUGACUAAAUCCACAUCUGUGAUUGAACAGGGAGGCAUCCAGACUGUUGAUCAGUUGAUCAAAGAGCUACCUGAACUGCUACAAAGGAAUAGAGAAAUCCUAGAUGAGUCUCUAAGGUUGUUGGAUGAAGAAGAAGCAACUGACAAUGAGUUAAGAGCAAAAUUCAAGGAACGCUGGCAAAGGACACCAUCUAAUGAACUUUAUAAGCCUUUAAGAGCAGAGGGAGCUAACUUCAGAGCAGUUUUGGAUAAAGCUGUGCAAGCAGAUGGACAAGUGAAAGAACGUUAUCAGUCUCACCGUGACACCAUUGCACUUCUGUGUAAGCCAGAACUUGAGCUGAAUGCUGCCAUCCCUUCUGCUAACCCAGCAAAGACUUUGCAGGGCAGUGAGGUUGUAAAUGUCUUAAAAUCCUUAUUGACAAAUCUUGAUGAAGUAAAGAAGGAAAGAGAGAGUCUGGAGAAUGACCUGAAAUCAGUGAAUUUUGACAUGACAAGCAAAUUUUUGACUGCUUUGGCUCAAGAUGGUGUGAUAAAUGAAGAAGCUCUUUCUGUUACUGAACUGGAUCGAGUCUAUGGAGGUCUCACCACUAAAGUCCAAGAAUCUCUAAAGAAACAGGAAGGACUUCUUAAAAAUAUUCAGGUCUCACACCAGGAAUUUUCUAAAAUGAAACAAUCUAACAAUGAAGCUAACUUAAGAGAAGAAGUUUUGAAGAAUUUAGCUACUGCAUAUGACAACUUUGUUGAACUUGUAGCUAAUUUGAAGGAGGGCACAAAGUUUUAUAAUGAGCUGACUGAAAUCCUGGUCAGGUUCCAGAACAAAUGCAGUGAUAUAGUUUUUGCACGGAAGACAGAAAGAGAUGAACUCUUAAAGGACUUACAACAAAGCAUUGCCAGAGAACCUAGUGCUCCUUCAAUUCCUACACCCGCAUAUCAGUCCUCUCCAGCUCCUCCAACUCCAGCACCAAGAACCAUGACGCCUGCUAAGCCCCAGCCCCCAGCCCGGCCUCCACCUCCUGUACUUCCAGCAAAUAGAGCUCCUUCUGCUACUGCUUCAGCUCCAGUGGGGACUGGGACGACUGCACCAGCUCCAUCACAAACUCCUGCUUCAGGUCCCCUUCCACAGGCCCAAGGACCUCCCUAUCCCACCUAUCCAGGAUUUCCCGGGUAUUGCCAAAUGCCCAUGCCCAUGGGCUAUAAUCCUUAUGCAUACGGCCAGUAUAAUAUGCCAUACCCACCAAUGUAUCAUCAGAGCCCUGGACAGGCUCCAUACCCAGGACCCCAGCAGCCUUCAUACCCUUUCCCUCAGCCCCCACAGCAGUCUUACUAUCCACAGCCGUAAUAUGUCAGCUCAGAAGUUCAGCUGGUUCAGUUCAAAGGGAAAGAAAUACCAAUCCUGCAAUAAGUGUACUAAACUCUACGCUCUGGUUAAUACAACGUAUUCUAUUGUACUGAAUGCAGUGUAUAAUUUUUGUCUGCGGCUAAAAGCUAAAAGCUGUGCCCCAGUUCCACAUUUGAUUGCACAUGUAAGAUUUGCUGCGGUUGCAGUAUAAACACUAGGUAUGAUAGGAUUUGAAAUAAAUCAUAUUACAGUUCAUAAAAGUUGAAAAUGAGAAAUUAAACCCACAAGUGAAACGUUUGAAAUGAUUAUUCUUAUGUCUACAUAAGACAUGAUUGGGACAUCAGAUACUUACAAUGAUGGUUUAAGUACUGUUAUUAAAGAAAACAAAGUUUUCUUUCUCUUUUGGUUUAUUGAUUUGGUUUAAUUUCCAUUAUGCUAUUUUGCAUAAUCAAAACAUUGUAAUCUUAUAAUUUAAAAAUAAAUUACUUAAGAACAGUUGUUAUUGUUAUGUUUUGUCAUUGAUUCUCAUUACUGUCUUAAUUUCUUCCUGGUAUUAGUCUCUCAUUUAUAUGUACAUGAGUUAAACAGAUAACUGUUUAAGUGCAUGAUUAGUGCAAGUUAUGGGAAAACGAAAAGAAUAAUAUCAUAAUUUAUCUUUCAUAUGCUGAUUAGCAAAUUAAUUUUGAUGUUUAUUUUGAAAAGUCCUAUAAUGUGGAAGAAACACAGUUGCUACCAAAGAUUCUUCAAAUAAAUAUUCAAAUGAA